CGCCAAAUAGUUCCGGCUCCCCAGCACUUAGCUACUUCAAGUCUUUGGUUCCAUCACAAGUUUCCAGCAUGAAGAUGAGGAAUCUUCUUUUUGGGGUUAUUCUUAGUCUUUUCGCUGUUGUCCACUCAACACCUCUAACUAUUGCGCUCCAGGACGAUGUUUACCGAGAGGCUGUGACAGACGGAUACCUCGUCGCUCAUGAUUUUGCAGCUUCCCUCACAACCAACUCGCCCAAAAUCAACACAACCGUUCCAGCAUCCCGGCCGACGUCCUCUGAGUCUAAAGACGGUGGCUUGGUGGAGGGCAGUGGGGACAGCGAUGACAACGCCAUGUUCCCUCGGGAUGAAGGUGACUCCAACUCAGAAUCUUCGGCGACUGAAAGCCCUGAGUCUGGCUUUACCUCCUUGCCAGAGCCAAAUGAGGCCAUGACCAAAGACAGUGACCUGAUGGAAGCCAGUGGGGACACCGGUAACAUCUUCGUGACCUCCACGUUCCCCCAGGAUGGAGAGGACUCCAGCUCUGAAUCUCCUACCACUGAAAGCCCUCAGUCUGGCCUCACCUCUUCAUCAGAGCCAAAUGAAGCCAUGCCUACAGAGAGUUACCUGUUGGAGGGCAGUGCUGAAGGAGUCGAGUUCUUAACCUCUACUGUGUCCCCUCAGUCUCAAACUACUGACCCCGCUGUCUCCACCACUGACCUCCUUGGUUCUGGUUCUGGUUCUGGUUCUGGUUUAGAAUCUGUAAGUGAGGAUAUCACCUUUACCACCAUCACAGACACCACGGCUGCUGCUGAAAUUGUACCACGAUUCAUUAUGCCAAACACAGCAAUGAAUGUAGUAGGUGAGGGCUCAAUCCAAACCAAACUGCUUUAUAAUGGAUCUCCAAAGCCUCAACUACCCAUCAGUCCAGAAAGAACACCAAGCUGGAUCAUCAUCGUUGGCUUUAUUGUCGGCGUUGCAGCACUGGUAAUGCUCUGUGUUGCCAUCGCCACCAGAGACAAGUGGAAUGGACCAAGCCAGGCGUACCAGGUGGAGACCCAGACUAACUCCUCAAACCAGCAGAGGGGGCUAGAGAUGGAGACAUUCCUGCAAAAAGAAAAGCCCAGGGAGAAUGGAAAGGCAGCAGAGUACACAGUCAUUCCCCUGGAUGAGCUUCCAGAUGAUUAUUCAUCACACUGAAAUUCAGAGACUGACCAUGUGGAGGCUUGAGACUCACCACUGAACUACGAGAGGGCAUUUGGAGCGGAUGAAUUUGAUCAGCUGUCGGUUCUGUUGAGCGUUCCUGUGGACUUUCACAUUGCUGGGCCCGGUCAGAAUCAGAAUCAUUGGUCGGGAUUUUCCCAUAUGACUUUCAAAAACUGUUUUCAUUUUCUUCAAUUUGAAACUCCAGCACUAUUUCGGUUGUUGUAUUUAUUGCAAUAUAAACUCUUGUCAAGCACAAGUGUGUGGUUGGGUGACAAACAUGCCAUUUAUUUCAAGCAAAGCUGAAAAGUCUUUACAGUGUUUUUUAUUUCCUGUUUCCCAUUGUAAAUAACGUUUUUUAUCUGUCUGGUGAAAAUAUCUCUUAAGUAUUUUGUUAUAACAUUAUUUGAAAUCUUUUAAUAUUAUUGAGGACUGUGUUGUGGAUUGUAACUUAUAUUAAGGUGCCUUGUUUUCCCUGUAUUUACUGUGGAGUCUCUAUACCAAACAGCCCACUAAAACUCAUUAUCUUCUCCCGACAACCUACACAGUGCUUCAGCUGUUGCAACAAGCAUUUAUGGAACGUUGAUAUUCUGUAUCACACCCACCCUCCUCUGAGAAAUAAACACAACGGCAGCUCAUCAAUAAACAUUUAUUUGUUUCAGUUCAUAUUUACACACAAGUAUUAAAACAUUUACACACUUUCGGUCCAUUUGCCUGACAAAUAUUAUAUUUGUGCACUGCUCUGAGUUUAUUUAGUACGAGUGCAUUCAAUCCUGCUCGUGCUUAGUCAAGUCAACGUCGAAAGAAGUUUUUGCAUUGCAAUGAAAGUCGGACACAAGGAAACUGUUGAACACACUCUUGGAUCAAGAUGUGGAUAGAAUCAAAAAGAUAGAUAGAAAAUAUACAUUUUAGUACCUAAAGGUUGUACAAUUUUACAUGUUCAUAGAAAACACUUGCUACACUCGGCCAGUUGACUAAGACAUAAACUUUUAUACAUCAAGGCCCAAUAACAAAUAAAAAUGGAUGGAGAAUGGAUGUGAUGAAUUGCCGAAUAAUGGGUUUUGACAUUAAAUCAGGGCUUGCUGAUGAUUACUGAGGAAGACUCUCUUCCAUUUUGGAGGAAGGCAGUGCUUGUGCCAAAAAAAAACCUGAUGGCUUGUCAAGGUCUCAAAACACGCAGACACACUGUAGCUGCCCACACCAGUAUUUCACACACAUGCUCACAAACUUGCGGUAGUGUGCA